UGAAAAUAAAACUUGACUUUUCAAGCUAAAAGGGGUCAGAAAGAGAAGGGUAUUAGCAGCCUCAAGAAGGUCCAUUCACCCAUGAUGGAUUCAGCUGGUGCAAGCAGCAGAAUAAACGAUGAGAAGUCAUUGGAAUCGGGAGGCCACCACCACAACCACAAUAAUCACUUCUUUCAUCUGGUUUUAAGGAUUAGCCUGCUAUUCCUAGCGGUUGUUCUAGCAUGUCUGGUUCUUUAUCACUCUGUCUAUUCUUUCCAAUUCUUCCCCAACUCCAUGUACAACCCAUCAGCCUCUUCUCAAGGCUCUGCUCGUGGAAUCAUAUCUUCUCUGGUAAGUCAAUUACUUGUCAUUUCUUUUAUGGGUUAUACUUGUACUUGGGUGAUAACAGAUGUUUUUACUUUAGGAUUAGAGAGAUUUCUCCAUGACAGGAAAUUACAGUGUGCAUGAUUUACCAGGCAGAUCUGUUAUAUUUCCUUUUGAGGUUCACUGUGGACUCAAAA